AUGCUCUUGUUUCACAGAUACACUGAACUGCUGAGAAUUCAUCGGUUCGUGGUAUUUGGGGAAAACACUGCUUCCGUAUUACAAUCAAAUCAGAUUGGGAAAACGAUACAUUUAGCUAUUGACGCUGUGUUGGUGUCUACGUGUCUUGCCGGAAUCAAGAGAAACACAGGGUUAACUCCCAAGGUAGAUCAAAUCGGCGAUGAAACGGUUCGCGAAUAUUCAACAAAAUACUUGAAUCUAGGAGAGUCGGCGUAUGAUUAUACGGUUGCUACGCUGGGAUCGUCUUCGUAUUUCAAGAGAAAGUGA